UGAAACAAAGCCUGUUACAAACUGCCCAGAGGGCGCCAUGGCUGCAGAGAACCCCAUGAAAAGUCUCCAGGAGGAAGCGACAUGUCCCGUCUGUCUGGAGUAUUUCACAGAACCUGUCACUCUGGAGUGUGGGCACAAUUUCUGCCAAGCCUGCAUCAGCCAGUGCUGGGAGGGAUCCGCUACAGCCACCUCCUGCCCUCAGUGCAGAGAAACUGUGCAACAGGGAAACCUCAGGCCCAACAGGCAGCUGGCAAAUAUCCUAGAGCUCGUCAAGCAGUUGAGUUUACAGGCGGCAAAAGGAGCAGGAGGGGACGGGGUGUGUGAGAGACACCAGGAGGCUCUGAAACUGUUCUGUGAAGAGGAUCAAACCCCCAUCUGUGUGAUCUGCAGAGAGUCCCGGGCUCACCGCGCUCACACGGUGGUCCCCAUCGAGGAGGCUGCCCAGGAGUAUAAGAAACAAACACAAACCGAGAGGCAGAAGAUUGUGUCUGAAUUUCAGCAAUUGCAGCAGUUCCUGGAGGAACAAGAGCGACUCCUGCUGGCACAGCUGGAGAAGCUGGAUGAGGAGAUUGACAUCAGAACCACCUUGAGCAGGUGUGAGAAGGGGAAGUUCCAGCAGCCAGAGGAGAUUUCUCCUGAACUGGAAGAGCCAGUCAGUGGUUUCUCCAAGAAAACGACUGUGCUAAUGGAGAUUCUGGGGAAGUUCAAAGACACUCUGCCAUCUCAACUGGAGAGAAAAAGGGGAGAAUUGUUUGGACCACACAGACAGGCAAAUGUGACUCUGGAUCCAGACACGGCUCAUCCCAAACUCGUCCUGUCUGAGGAUCGGAAAAGUGUGAGAUGGGGAGACACACGGCAGCAACUGCCCAACAACCCUGAGAGAUUUGACUCUGAUCUCUGUGUGCUGGGCUGUGAGGGAUUCACCUCGGGGAGACAUUGCUGGGAGGUGGAGGUGGGGGGUGGGCGAUUCUGGGCUGUGGGGGUGGCCAGAGAGUCUGUGGGGAGGAAGGGACAGAUCAGCCGUAGCCCUGAGGGGGGGAUCUGGGCUGUGGGGUGGUGGGUGGGUCAGUUCCACGCUCUCACCUCCCCUGCGACCCCCCUGCCCCUGAGCCGGGCCCCCAGCAGGAUCUGGGUUUGUCUGGACUGUGACCGGGGGCAGGUGACAUUUAUCGAUGCUGGUGACGAGGCCCCGAUCUUCACUUUCCCGCCGGGUUCCGUCCCUGGGGAGAAAAUCCAACCCUGGCUCUGGGUGGGGGUAGGAUCCCGGCUCAGCCUGUGUCCCUGAGACACACAGCAGAGGGGGAAACUGGAAAUCAGCCUCUGUAGCCUCAU